AUGGACAACAAACGCGCUGUGAAGAUCACAUCUGCGGGGUCAGAAUAUACCCCCAAAGCCGCCUCAGCUCUGGCACCGAUUUUCAAAACAGAUCCUGUUAUUCGCUACAUGCUUUGUUCGCUAUCAGAGACUGCGAGAAACGAGUGCCUGGGGCCUUACUUUCGUACGUUGACGAAGGCUGCUGCUCUCAAUGACGCCGUGUUCGACGAGGCGAACGAUUGGAGUUGUAUCGCCAUCUGGAUGCCCCCUGGUAAACGAGUAGAUAAUCCUUGGACGAUUCUUYAAGCUGGGUUCAUCGGGAGCCUUUUCAGACUCGGCAUAGGAGGUUGUAGGAGAAUGUUGCUGGAUUAUCAAUCGCAAUCGGACGCUUGUAAGAAGCGUGGUCUGCCGAAGGAUGUUAAAAAGUACUGGUAUUUGUUCUUCAUCGGCACCACUGAGGAGGCGAGAGGACAAGGACUUGCGUCGCAAGUCAUCCGCAGGCAGCAGGAGAAGGCUGCGAGCGAGAAUCUGCCCAUCUGGCUGGAAUCUACCACUGCUGGUUCGAGGGAAGUUUACAAAAAGUGUGGGUUUGAAGUUGUGGGCGAAUUUGUGUUGGGAAAGGGAAGUCAUGCUGCGAGCGGAGAGAUGGAGAAAGGAGGGCCGGGUGUGACGGUUUGGGCCAUGUUCUGGAGGCCUAAGAAUGCUAAGCCCACAGAUGAGUGA